CACUUGGCGGCGGUGGAGGAGAGGAAGAUCAAGUCCCUGGUGGCUCUGCUGGUGGAGACGCAGAUGAAGAAGCUGGAGAUCAAGCUGAGGCACUUCGAGGAGCUGGAGACCAUCAUGGACCGCGAGAAAGAGGCUUUGGAGCUCCAGCGACAGCAGCUGCUCACCGAGCGCCAGGCCUUCCACAUGGAGCAGCUCAAAUACGCCGAGAUGAAGGCGAGGCAGCAGAUGGAGCAGCAGCAGGCGGCCGCGGCUGCUGCUGCUGCUGCCCAGGCUCAAGGGCAGGGGCAGGCUCCUGGAUCUGGACCCCCUCCAUCAGGCAUGCACCCCGGAGGGCCCCUGCCUCACCACGGGUCACCGAUGACCCACCAUGGAGUGGCUCCUCCUGGGGCUGUCAUGCACUCCGGCUACCCCUCCAUGGGACACCACCAAAUGGGCCCCCACCACCCGGGACAGACAGGACCGAUGGGCCCCGGCCAGCCGAUCCCGGGCCGUAUGAUGCCCGGCCCGCCCUCUGCCGGCCCCCCCCCCCCGGCGGCAUGCCUCCCAUGAUGCCCCCACGCCACCCUGGAGCUCCCAACGGCAUGUGUGAGUGCAAAUCCCCCUC